AAAAAUGGCCAAAAUCACCAAAAUCCUGCACUUCUUCUUCAACCUCGUUCUGUGGCUGUGCGCUUGGGUCAUCACAGGCAUCGGCAUAUGGCUCAUUGUGGACCCCAAGUUGUACGAGCCCAGCCGCUACAUCGACACCCACAACAUUGUCACCGCAGCCUACAUCAUACUCUCACAACUCAUCGCAGAACUACAACAAUACCCGUACGACGACAGAGCCCGCGGUUUCAUCGACUCCUUUCAAGUGAAGUUGAGCUGUUGUGGUGUCGUCUCUCUCAACGACUAUCAGAGGUACGGAAUGUCGAUUCCCAGCUCCUGUUAUCUGACGGGCACUCAAUUUCUUAAUCAAAAGGGUUGUGCGCUGGCGUUACGCGAGUUUCUCGAGUUGAGAAGUGGUAUAAUUGGUUUGUUGUGUUCAAUCGCAGCGUUAAUCCAAUUAAUCUUAAUUGCAUUGACUUUAAUGCUGUUUUGCGCAAAGAAAAGAAAUUUCCACCAGAAAGUUCCAUUUGAU